AUGAAUCUAGCUUAUGAUUUUAGUUGGAUUAUCUCUGUGUGCAGGGGAUACCGCUGUUUGAAGGACGGACAUAACGUGUCCGUGCAUAAUUCAUUGAAGGGCCUUCACUUUUCUACAGAUGUUUCAAACUCAAGUGGGUCACAAGGGUUGGACAAAGAUGACAUGGAAUCUGUGAAAUAUAAAUUGCUUGUUGACUGUGGUCCAGACCAGGAAUGUGUAACCGGUAGGUCCAUCUUUGGCAAAGUCAUACUGUUCUAGUGUAUAUUCGAAAAUUUGGAUGCCUGUAUUGCUGAGAGUUUUUACUUUGCCUUGAAGAAUAUCAAUUUUCGUCUAACAUACACUGAUAUUUUUUUUGUGCUUCAGCUUGUUCUUUCAGUUUACUUUUUCAUUUGUUGUCUCAUUUAAAAUCCCUUUUACCCUUAGAGUGAUAUCAUUUACUCUAUUUUCCAAGUUUGAAGGCCAUUUGUUGAGGUUAAUAAUCCAAUAAGAGACUACAUGCUACAGAUUUUAAGUGCCAAGGAUUCUCACUUUUGUUUUGUGGAGUAAAUUUUCAGCCAUUUAUAUUCUGAUAUUUAUCUUGCUAUUGUUCUAUACUUUUAUCUUUAGAAGCGAAGUGUUGUUUUUCUCUAGGUACAUUAGUUAUCUGAUGUACUCAGUUUGAAACAUUUUAGUCGCUUCCAGGGUUUUAGUUCAAAAAGUUGAAAUUAGAAAUGCAGGAUUGGAACUAAUCCUGUCAGACUGUCCCUAGUCAAUCUGGCAUAAAAAUUACAAUAAGAGUUGUAAGAGAUGUUCAUCUGGCUUCAGUGCCUAUUAGGUCGAAUAAAUUCUGCAUACUGUAUAUUUUCUUUUAUUGCUCUCAGUGGGAGGUCAUUUUUCACAAGUCCAGUUUGUCUGCUUCCUACCUCCUUCCAAUUGUCAUACGAAUUCUACACAUUAAGUUUUGUUCAAUCUUUUUUCUGAUUGGAUUUGAAAUAUGAAUCAUUUUAUAUAUUUUUGGGUCUUUUUAUGAUUUGUGUAAUAACUAUAAAUAGUUCCUUGUCCUUAAACUGGCUGUCCAUUUAAGAUGGAUAAAUAGUAUAUGCUGAGUGUUACACACGAUCUGAUUUUCCUGUAUGAUCUAAUAUUGUAGGAGGUAUUGUCGCUUUGGGUAAGUUUGAUGCCCUCCAUUUAGGGCACCGUGAACUUGCCAUACAGGCGUCAAGGGCUGGGACUCCUUUCCUUCUAUCGUUUGCCGGAAUGGCAGAAGUACUUGGUUGGGAGUACAGGUUAGUUGUAACCUCUGAAGGACUUUUAUUCUCCAUUUUUAAAAAAUUAGUUGGUUUUUAUUGUUUUUUUUUUUUUUUUUUUUUACAAGUUCAUUGCAAAGGUGUUAGAAAUAUGUUACUAUACUGUCUGGGGUCGGUCAACGGACUCCCAUGCAGAUUUGGCGAAAUUUUGUUGAGUGUUACUUUACAUCACUUGUGCCAAUGAAAGGAGUUAUUAAGACAAGUAUUUGGAUUUAUUUUCCGUUGGAGGCCAUCAUAUAUAUUUUUUAGCUCCGUAUUAUCAUAAAUUUAAUACUGCUACCGAAGGAACACGUUUAACUUCAGUUGCUCUGACCGACACUCCUCUUUUGCUCCGUCCAUGGAGUGUAUGAAUUUCCUUAAAUAUUGAUAGACUAAAAAAAGGAACUCAGGGAUAAGGAUAGGAACUAACGUAUCAUUGGCACAGAGGGUGUUCUUUGAUCAAUAAUGCAUAUUUUGUGACAAUGAACGUAGGAUGAUAUGGCUGCAUGACUUCCUCUGUUUAAAUGAAUGUAGAACCUAUGUUUGGGCAAACGUGUUUCCUUUGUUUCUGACUAAUCUCGUAUUUUUCCUGCAAUAAUUUUUUUUAAUUGGAAGAUUCGGUGAUUCUUCUGGUUGCUGAUGUGUUUCUGGUCGUGGAAUUUCUUUAUCUAGUGCUUCACAGUGAAAUCUGAGUCUCAGAUGUAGUUAUGUCUCACUUCUUUGCUGCAAUGUAGAUUGGAUUUGAGAUUAUGAAUCGAACACAUACUUAAGAUGGAGUUGAUGUCCUUCUUAGUGAUCUGCAGAGAACUCUCACCGCACCAUCAUAAUCCGAAUCAAACAAGAUAAACUAUAGCUGGCGAUGCUAGUUGGCUGUGAUGCAUUUGAAUAUAAAAAAUUGGCUGAUCCUGAUUUUCCAGAAAACAAUGAACGUUUGUGGUCUUUGGGUUUAUAAUGUUAUGAAUAUAUCAAAAGAUGCGGAAAGAUUGAGGCUGAAAUGAUUUCUUAUGGACGAUAAUGGGUUUCGAGAUCCUACAUGUUGCCUGGUUUGAUGUUCUGGAGGAUGGAUCAGGUCUGGCAGUUUCUGUCAAGUCAACUAGAGGUGAUCUGUUCUAGAUAUGCUACCAAGCUACUACUCGAAAGGUCGGACGUGGUUGACCUUGAACCACCCCUGGGGCUGCUCAGUACCUAGUCCUUUGCUUUCAUCCAUUCCGCAGAUAUGGCUGCGUUCCUUCACUAGCUUUCAGUGCAUAAUCAUCCGUCUAAAGGGUUUUAGCUAUCCUUUGGAGCUUUUCCCUUCCGAAAUCUCCUAACUGGUUUGGCUUCUGGUUCUAUGCCAGGGCUCCCAUAGUUGCCAAAUGCGACAGAAAGCGGGUGCUCUCCUCAUGGGCUCCCCUGUGCGGCGACGUCGUCCCGCUCGAGUUCCACGUCGAGUUCUCCAAGGUCAGGCAGCUCUCCCCCCGGCAGUUUGUCGAGCGGCUGUCGAAGGAUCUCAGAGUAAGUGGCGUCGUUGCAGGUACCGACCAUGAUCGCCCUCUGAAACCCAAAAGCCGGCGCCGCCGCUGCUGCCACGGCCAUCACACUGUGAAUUUCUCUCCCCCAUUCCAGGCGAGAACUACCGAUUCGGCUACCGAGCCUCCGGCGACGCCUCCGAGCUGGUGCGGCUCUGCGAGGAGUACGGUCUUGAAGCCCACAUCUUGAGCUCCGUCCUCGACAGAAAAAGCGGCGGCGGUGGUGCCGGCGGCGGCAGCAAGGAGUUAGUGUCCUCGACCCGUGUCCGCCAAGCUCUUGCCGUCGGGGAUGUAAAUUACGUGGCUGAGCUCCUGGGGAGGAGGCACCGCCUUGUGCUGAGGGUCCCCGAGGACUUCGACUCUGCCGCUGAGGGGAGCAAGCUGUCCAUCCCCCGCUCAUGCCUGCUGAACCAGCAGCCCAAGGAGGGCCUCUAUGAGUCUUGCAGCCUUCUCGCCGACGACAGGCUCAUCGGCCCCUGCAAUGUGGUCAUCAGCACUAGCCAUGUCCAUGUGGAGCUGGAAGGUGGGCCUGGCCAGCUCCUCGCAAAGGGGGAUUAUCGCCACGUCGGCAUUGACCUCGGUGGUUGA